CGUGUCAUUUAGUACCAUUUUUAAUUCUAAUUGGGAAUUUUAGGGCUGACAUUUACAACGGUUUCGUCUGUAAUUAGGGAUUCAUAAAGAAGACGAAGAAGAUAAUCGAAGGAGAGGAGAAAAAUAAUGGGAAAUCCAAAGCAAAAAUGGACAGCCGAGGAAGAAGAAGCGUUAAGAGCCGGUAUAGCCAAACACGGUACCGGUAAAUGGAAAAAUAUACAAAAAGACCCUGAAUUUAAUCCCUACUUAUUCUCCCGCUCCAAUAUCGAUCUUAAGGAUAAAUGGAGGAAUUUGAGUGUGAGUGCAGGUGGUCCAGGUCCCAGGGAAAAAUCAAGAACACCAAAACCAAAAUCUGAUGGUCCUGUUAAUGCUCUUGCUGUUGUUGUUUCUCCUAGUCCAGUCUCCAGUUUACAAGCUACUACUACUACUACAAGUGCUGAUGUUUCUCCGGUUCGGGAUGCUGAUCCUAUGGUUUUAGAUGAUUCCACUAAAAAUAAUGCUGACUCUAAAACUGCUCCCAAGUACAAUGCGAUGAUUUUUGAAGCGAUUUCUGUUUUGAAUAAACAACAUGGAGCAGAUACUUCGGCUAUCGUUGGCUACAUUGAGCAAAGACAAGUUGUGCCACAGAAUUUUAGAAGGCAAUUAAGCUCUAGGUUAAGAAGGUUGGUUGCGCAGGAAAAACUUGAGAAGGUCCAAAACUGUUUUAAAAUAAAGAAUAGUCCCUCUUUGGAUUUACAAACUCCUACUCCGAAACCAAAAGAUAUCCGGCCCAGGCCUUUGCAGAGCAGCAGUGUUAUUAAUUCUAGUGAGACAUUGGACGAAGCAGCGGUGGCUGCUGCUUACAGGAUAGCUGAAGCAGAAAACAAAUCAUUUGUGGCAGCGGAGGCAGUUAAGGAGGUGGAGAGGGUUUCAAAAAUGGCUGAGGACACGGAUUCAAUACUACAACUAGCCAAAGACAUAUUCGAGAAAUGUUCACAGGAUGAGGUCGUGCUUAUUGCUUAGCUUGAGAUAGAAUUACGUAUUCAUGAAAUGAGAAAGCUGACCCCUUCUACUAGAACACAUGUAUAUUCUUUCUUCUUUUCAUAGUUUUCCCUGCAUGAAGGUCAUUAAAAGAGCUGUUUUGUAGUUAUAGAUGUCACGUAAUUGUUGAAUAGGGUUUGGUGAUAGUUAUUUUUACAAAGAAAAUCAUUGCUAGUAGGCAUUGUGACCUUUUGUAGUUUAGCUUUUCUAAUAUCAUUUUUUUAGGAGAAAUUUUCUUUUUAUUGUGGAAAUAUGAUUUAUGAUGGCGAAAAUAGGAAUUGUAAUGGCAAA